CUUUGUGCUGAGGUUUCUCAAGAGGGAGAGGAGAAGAAAAGGGAGUAGUCAGUAUCCUUUAGCACCAUGGUGAAGUUCAGUAUUUAUUCGGUGCUGCUAGUUUUGUCUGUCGCAACUGGAGCGGCUAUCGCUGCGGAGGAUCCUGGCUUCACCAUUAAAAAGUAUUGCUGUGAAACUAACAUGGCUGCAAAAUGUGUGCUUGAGGUUUUUGACAGCAUAUUCAAGACUAGAACUGUAACCGAUAAAUGUUGUCAGGAGCUCGGAGCUUUGGGUUAGAUUUGUUACAAUGCAUUUGUGUUGAAGUCUCUUCAAAAUCCUGAAUUCAAAAACAAGAAUUCAUUGGUGGUUUUGGUGAAGAGCAAGCAAGUGUGAAACAAGUGUGCUUUAGUUUCGCCAACUCCUUCCCUUGUUUAAAUUUAAAAAUUAGUUGUUACCGAUCAACGGUUGUAAAAGCCACCUUUAUGUAACCGAUAAUAUAGCUUUAAAUAACAUGCUUUGGUCGACAAUAUUAAAAGGCUCACUUCUAA